AGUUCAGUUUUGUACUACCAGACAGCAGCGUUCUGUUUUCUUUGUAAGUCAUUCAAAAUUCUUGAUCCAAAUCAACAAAAAUUUGGCCAUAAAAUGUGGGAGUACCGCCAGAAAAUUGACUUUGAAACAUCGGUGAAGAUAUCACCGUACUGUCAUGCUUGGCAAUCGGCUUGCUGGUUUAUGCUCAAGGGCCUUGAUCUGUGGAAAUUCUUGGUAUCAGAUCGAUCACCGACUUAUCUAGUGGUCCUAACCAUUUUCCUGAUUGGACUUUCUUGGAUGAUAUUUAAAAAGCUUAGGCGUAGAUGGAAAGAAGUCCCGAUGUCGGAGAUCCAGUUGUUGAGAGAUCGUGUUCAGUUUGUGAGCCAGGAUAUGGUCAUGUUGCAAGACGCUCUCAACGCUACCUUAGUGUCCAAGCCCAUUGCAAGUAUUUCUAACGAGGUUAUUGAUGCCUUUCUUGAGAGGCGGACCGAUGAGGAUGAGGAAAACUCACCACCGGAGCCUCAAGAAUCUGAGUCAGCUACUAAGAAUCCAGACCCCGAACCUCAGGAUAAUUCCAUAGACGAAAAUAAAGCACUGCCUGUAGAAAAUGUGCCAGCAAAACAAGCCCAAUCUGUGAACAAGCCCCUUGUUCAACCCAAACCCAGACGUAGGCUUUCUCAAAAUGCACGUGAUCUAAAAGAAAAUACAGACGUGGCGCAAAGAAAUGUGCGUAGACGCCAAUCUAUUCCAGGCUCUACUGCAGAACGGAGAACGUAGAUUGUUGCUGUUCGCCAUUGGGAUACUUGACUGUACUAUAAAACUAUAAAUGAAUUCAAAUUAUAACAUAGGCUUCUACAUAAAUAAAUGUUUUGUAAAGA